GAUAUUGCGGGCACCACCCUUUUUGAAUAACACGGAAGUCCCGACAUCCUCCAACGCACAUUAGGACCAAACCGCGCGGUUUCUCGCGGGGCGGCGAGACAGUGAAGAGAGGACAGAGCGGAGCAAUGGGCUCUUCUUCUCCUGCUACUCCUUCCCGUCUUCUUCAUCAUCCUAUUCUUCUUCUUCUCCUCUUCUGUGUUUCUUUCUUGCUUCUGAUUCCCCCUUGCCACAGCCACGCGACUCCACUGAAAGUUGUUGACCUUGGAAGUCCAGUUGUUGAGCUUACACCAUCUCCGCUUGCUGGGUAUUCACCAUCUCAUGGUUCUAAGGAUAUUUUUUCGUGCGAACGCAUUCUGGUUGCUGGUAUGUCAAGAUUCAAGCUUACAAGUUAUGCCAGUUCAUUUCGGGUUACCCUGGUCCCAUCUGUGGAGAUCCCUGAGAGAUUACACAAUAACAUCCUGGUCUGUUUUCAUGGGAAUGCUUCACUUGGACCAUGCCAGUGCAGAAAGGAUGAUUGGAAAGCCAUCCAGAGAGGGUUAUGGAACUCAUUCACUUCUCCGUAUGUGGACCGUUUUGUUGAUGUGAAGCUUAUUGGCAAAGUGCCUGGUUCUGUCACAGUCUCUGUUGAAGAAGAGUUUCAACCAUGGCGCCUCAUCUGCCUUGCAGUAGGAUUUGCUUUUCUACUGCUGGCACCAGUUGUCAGCAGUUGGGUUCCCUUUUAUUACAGCAGCUCAAUGGUUAUUGGUGUUUUUCUUGUCAUCAUAAUUCUUCUAUUUCAGGGUAUGAAAUUGUUACCAACUGGAAGGAAAAAUGUCUUCUACCUUACCAUAUAUGGAUCAGUGCUUGGAGCUGGUUCUUUUCUUUUACACCACUUCUCAAUGCUGGUGAAUUCAAUUCUUGUCAGUUUUGGUCUGAGUGAAGAGAUGCAUCACCCAGUCUCAAUAUUUUUACUAAUAGGAAUUGUGCUUUCUGGAGCUGCAUUUGGGUACUGGAUGGUCAGGAAAUUUGUUAUUUUAGAAGAUGGAACUGUGGAUAUUGGAACAGCUCAGUUUGUAAAGUGGGCAAUGCGCAUCAUUGCAGCCGCAUUGAUUAUGCAGAGCACUAUUGACAUUCCUUUAUCAGUGGUGGCAUUGGUUUCUUGUUGGGCUAUUUGCUUUCUCAGUUUCUUAAAGUGGAAAGAUCUAAUGGAUCAUUCGUGUUCUGGGGAUGGAAGUCCUUGGUCACUGAAGACUAGACAUUCAAAUGUGAAGCGCAACCAUGCUGAAUUUCUUAGGAGGUCAGCAAAAACAGGUCAUCAAGGAACAGCGUGGAAUAGCCCAAAAAAAUUCUCUCACUGGUCGGGCUCACCUGUUAAAGGCGUGAUUUCACCAUCCAAGAGCUGGGGGCCAGGAGGCCAGCUGGAUUACUAUUCGACCUUCCACAAAACAGCCAAGAGAAAGAAGUUUUCAAAGAAAGAGUGGGACGAUUUCACACGUGAAUCAACCCGUAAAGCUAUGGCAGAAUGGGCAUCAUCUCCAGAGUUUAGUAGUUGGAUCAUUGAGAAUGCUGACAGAAUCCAAGUUCUUCCAGAAGAUAGUUCGGAUGAAACAAUUGAAAGUGAAUCAGAAUCUUCGGAUGAAACUGCUGUACAGAGUGGGAACCGGAUGAAUAUAUUCAAGUGGUAAUACCCAGCAAGCCACUGCAUCAUUUCAACCAAGAUCAUACGGUGCUUUGAAAAUAGCUCUGACAGAAAGAAUGCUUAGGCCACAGCAAUUUCAGCUCCAUGUGGCAAUUUUGUCAAAGUGCUGGAAAGCCCCUUUUCUUAGUGUUGGGGAAUGCCAUUAUAUUGGUCAAAAGCCAAAAAAAGAAAAGAAAAGCAAGAGCAAAUAUAAUGUAAAAUAUAUAAAUGUAAUUUUUUUAGGAAGGUUGCUAAUCUAAACAUUAUUUGGUUGGGAUUUUGAUGGCUUUAAUUUUUUUAACCCACAAAGAAUCUUAUCAAAUUCAGAUUUGCACGGUAA